UGAGCUUGGCGAACAAGUUUACAGACUUGUGUUUGAGAGCCGAGAGGAACGGAGCUGCUCAGAGCGGACACGAACCAGAGGCACCUGCACACACAUUUGCCGCUUCAGGCAGAACUUUUCGGUGACGUCUUUGACUUUUUUUUUUUUCCGAAGAGGGUCUGUGAACUUUUAUUUCAUUUUUUUUUCAUGUCCGUGUGAGUGAUCGCUAAAAGUCGCCUGAAUGUAUAACAUGAUGGAAACCGAGAUCAAGACCCCGCUCCCGCAGUCCAACUCGGGCUCGGCGCCGGGCGCAAAGAACAACAGUGCCAGCGACCAGGAGCGGGUGAAGAGGCCGAUGAACGCGUUCAUGGUCUGGUCCAGGGGCCAGCGGAGGAAGAUGGCCCAAGAAAACCCCAAAAUGCACAACUCUGAAAUCAGCAAGCGGCUCGGUGCCGACUGGAAACUUCUGACCGACGCCGAGAAGAGGCCGUUCAUUGACGAGGCCAAGCGUCUACGGGCGAUGCACAUGAAGGAGCACCCGGAUUAUAAAUACCGGCCCCGCAGGAAGACCAAGACCUUGCUCAAGAAAGACAAGUAUUCUCUGCCCGGGGGGCUGCUGGCGCCAGGAGCCAACGCCGUCAACAACUCGGUGUCGGUGGGCCAGCGGAUGGACGGUUACGCGCACAUGAACGGCUGGACGAACAGUGCGUACUCCCUGAUGCAGGACCAGCUGGCCUACCCCCAGCAUCACAGCAUGAACAGCCCGCAGAUCCAGCAGAUGCACCGGUACGAGAUGGCCGGCCUGCAGUACCCGAUGAUGUCCUCGGCGCAGACCUACAUGAACGCGGCGUCCACCUACAGCAUGUCCCCGGCGUACACGCAGCAGACCACCAGCGCCAUGGGACUGAGCUCCAUGGCGUCCGUGUGCAAGACGGAGCCGAGCUCGCCGCCGCCGGCCAUCACGUCCCACUCUCAGCGGGCGUGCUUGGGAGACCUGAGGGACAUGAUCAGCAUGUACCUGCCCCCCGGCGGGGACAGCGCGGAGCAUUCCUCCCUGCAGAGCAGCCGGUUACACAGCGUCCAUCCGCACUAUCAGACCGCAGGGACUGGCGUCAAUGGGACGCUACCUCUCACCCACAUCUGAGGGGGGAAAAAAAAGAAGAAAUAAAUACAAAAAAAAUUCAAAAAGUAAUAGACUUUAUAAAAUGUACUUCGGAUACUUGAACUUUUUUUUGGCUGCCGCAGAAAGAACGUACAGCAGAUUCGUUUAAGAACAAUUUUAUCUGAAAAAAAAAUCCAUGUCUUGUCCGUUCGAUGAACUUUUAAAAAAAUGGACCGAAACUGAACGCUGAGCCCAGCUCCGCAGAGGCUUUUCAUCACAAGUAGAAGCAAUCAACACGUGUAGAAGAAUCGGACUUCUAUAUUUUAAAUAAAUGCCAUAUUUUCUCUCCUUGAAAAGGCAUGUGGCCUCAUGAAGGGGCUGGUAUUUCAGAAAAAAAAAACAACAACAAAAAAAAAAACUUGGAUGGACAGUCUGUUCAUAAAUGUUUACACUUAAUUUGUAGAAUGUCAGUCGUCUCCACUGUGUUCACAACCCCUGUAGUCCCUCUAUGUUUUAUUAUUUUUUUUUUUUAUUUCCUCCCCAACAUAAACUAGGUUUAAUGAAAUGUUAAAACUGUGCCGGUCGCAAACGCAAGUUUUAUUUAUAGCAAGUUGUCUGUUCUUUUUUCCCCCUUUUAUCUAGCUCGUGCAACCCGGAGUUUUGACACGUGGACAUUUUCAAGAACCUUUAUGUUUCUGUUUGUAUUUUUUGUUUUUUGUAAAUUUUGUUUUUUUGUUCUGUGAUGGUUUUUUUUGACAGUGUCAUGUUUACUCAUUUAUCCUGAACGAAAAAAAAAAAAGGUUUAUUUAAACUGACGUUUCUACAUAUUUUAAGACCAUCCUCUAUUCUUAAAUGCUGAAUAAAUUUUUACGAAACGUG